CCCUACAUCCCAAAACUGAAGCAGCUGAAGCAGAAGCUUCCCUUCUCUCUUCCCUUCUCUCUCUAUAAAUUCUUGAAGAAAUACCCUUCUCUCUCCCAUUAUCUAUCAGAAAGAAAAUCCUUUUCUCUGUUUUCCUCUCCUUUUUCAGCUAAAUGGGGUUUCCAGUUGGGUACUCGGAGGUUUUGUUACCCAAGCUGUUCGUUCACGCACUUUCCUUGCUGGGUUUCAUCAGGGGCCUCGUUUUGUGUCUUUUUACCUAUGUGGGUCUCUCAGAUUUCCUUGAGACUGACAAUAUUUGGCCCGAUUACCCGACCCGAACGCCCUUCUACCCGUCUCUAUCGGCUGCCCUGAUCCGGGAAAUCUUGCCUGUCAUCAAGUUCGAGGACCUGCUCGGCGGAGAUGGUGGUUGUUGUGACUUGCCGGAGAGUUGUGCUGUUUGUUUGUAUGAGUUUGAAGGAGAGGAUGAGAUCAGGUGGUUGAAGAAUUGUAAGCACAUUUUUCACAGGGCUUGUUUGGACCGUUGGAUGGAUCAUGACAGGAACACGUGUCCCCUCUGUAGGACUUCGUUUGUGCCUGAUGAGAUGCAGGGGGAGUUUAAUCAGCGGUUAUGGGCCGCAAAUAGCGAUGAUAGUGAUUUUUACGAUGAAUAGAGUCCUGUUUCGGUUUCUUAGAGAGCUUGAUGAGGUUGUCUGAAGUGUAUAUAUACAUGGAGAUUUGGCAAUUCAGCCAAAUAAAAGAUUUUUUUUAAAAAAA